AUGGCCUCGCCCGUCUACAUCCUCGACCCCCUCGCCAACCGCACCAAGGAAGAGGACAUCGAUCUCUCCCACACCGUCGGGAAACUACCCACAUGGCAGACAAUCCAAGAUUCCGUUGGAACAAGAAGCGGAUGGCUGGGGGACUAUGACUACGGCUUCCUGUGCACCCCCACAUUGCCUGGUUUCUCCAUCCCUAGAAUCCCUCCGUUCUUUGGCCUUAAAGACCGACUCCCGCUCGUUCUCGCUAUCAUCAUGGGAUUCCAGCACUCGCUCGCCAUGAUUGCUGGCGUAGUGACACCGGCGAUCAUCAUGUCUGGCUCCGGCAUCACUGGACUCAAUCUCACACCCGCGAACCGAACACAAAUGAUUUCCACCUCCCUAAUUACCUCGGGCCUGCUCUCGCUUGUCCAGAUCACACGCUUCAGGGUCGGCAAGACACCGUACUUCCUAGGAACCGGACUCUUGUCGGUUGUGGGAACAAGUUUUAUUUAUCUACCAGUACUCCAGAGUUCAGUCUCGAACAUGUACGCUUCCGGAUUCUGCAAGAGCAGCUUUGAUGCCUCGGGAACGCAGGUCUUUGAGCCCUGUCCCGAUGCCUGGGGUGCCUACCUAGGCACAUGCAUGCUCUGCAGUCUGUUGCCCAUCAUCCUUUCCUUUGUUCCCCCACGCGCGCUCAAGAGAGUCUUUCCUCCGAUUGUAACAGGAGUUACUGUUAUGCUGAUCGGCGUCAAUCUCGUCACAUCUGGAAUGCAGCAAUGGGGUGGCGGCUCCGGUCCUUGUUCCUCGCGACCUACCUCUGGUCCUUUUGUCGACUGCCCAAAUGUCGGUGCACCUCAUGCUGCACCAUGGGGCGAUGCACAAUGGAUCGGAUUGGGGUUUCUGGUGUUCUUUAUUAUCAUGGUCGUGGAAUUCUUUGGGUCACCUUUUAUGAAGAACGCUCAGGUGGUCAUCGGCCUCGUCGUGGGGAUGAUUGUUGCCGCAGCCCUUGGAUACACGACUUCGGAUUCGAUCGAGGCUGCCCCUGUCAUCACCUUCUUAUGGACCACGACCUACAAGCUGUCCAUUUAUCCACCCGCAAUCAUUCCUCUCUUGAUCACAUAUGUCCUGGCCAUGGUUGAGUCUAUCGGCGACAUCACUGCUUCUUGCGAGGUCUCUCAGCUAACUGUCGAGGGCCGCGAAUUCGAGUCCCGUCUCCAGGGCGGCAUCUUUGCGGAUGGAGUAGCUGGUCUGCUCGCGCCUCUAAUGAUGAACUCGCCUAUGAGCUGCUACGCCCAAAACAACGGCAUCAUAUCCUUGACGCGCUGUGCCAACACGAUGGCUGGAUACAUGUGCUGCUUCUUCUUGAUCCUCAUGGGCGUCUUUUCCAAGUUCGGGGCGCUCUUCUUGACGCUUCCAGAUCCGGUCCUUGGAGGGAUGACCACGUUUCUCUUUGCUAGUGUUGUGGUCUCUGGUAUCCGCAUCCUGUCCUUCCUGCCCUGGACUCGUCGUGAGCGCUUCAUUGUGGCAGCAUCCCUGUCCCUGGGCUUAGGUACUGCCCUGGUCCCCGGCGUGCUGACGCACAUGAUUAGCUACAGCGGCGGCUCUGCCUUCCUGACGUCGUUGAUAACGUCCGUCAACAUCAUCCUUGACACAGGCUUUGCACUCGGUGCCAUAGUUAGUUGCAUCCUUAACGCCCUGUUGCCUGCCAACCCACCAAUGUCUGCCGAACCGAUUAUCGAUCGCCAUGGGCCUACGCCUACCAACAAGGAGAUCGAGGAGAUGCAGCUAGAGUCCCAGUCGAUUCACGAAAGCAUGCUCAGCGCUAAGCAUUGA